AUGAUACAAAAAAUGUCCCGCCUCUUAACCCGCCUCCCCAACCGCGCCCGCCUUCUCCCCGUGGUUCCCCGCCGAAUCAUGGCGACCGAGCUCGGCACCUCCAAGUCCCCGCAAAACGGCCAGAAGGGCUUCGUCUCGAUCGGGUCGCAGACGCAGGGUGAUUCGCCUUCGAACCAGGCUCCUACUGAGGUCUGUCUUUUUCCCGUUUCGACGAGUGGAAGAUACCUUCCAUCCUCUACACCGUUCUGUCGUCGAUUCGAGAAAAGCAGCUAUGUUUUGGCUGCUUUGCUGCUGUUGACGAUUAUGGGAAUGGUAUGUGCUGACGUUGAAAUCUUGUGUAAAACUAGUCCGGCCAGAAGCUUCAGAAGGAAAGCAAGGGCAAGCCGGAUGGCAUGA